ACAGAGAAAGUAAUGGAGAGAGACAGAAGAAUAGAUUUCCAGACAGUUGUAGAAUGUAUGCCAAGACACAUUGUAAGAGCUGUAAAGAGAGAGGGAGAGAGAACAGGCAGAACCUGAUAUGUAAAUGAGCAGAGCAAAUGAAACUAACUUUUGACGACCCGAUGAUCAUCCAGACUCUGUUUCUAUUGAGAGAUAAAAGGCUGUUUGAAUGAGUUGUCCAUGAAAGCUACUUCAUCUGUAAGAAAACAGGCGUCUGCACCAGUGACUGGGUCAGUGCUCUAAAAUGAGUCUCUCUGGGGAGAGAGAGGAGGGGGGCCCUGCCUCUAAAAUGAGUCUCUCUGGGGAGAGAGAGGAGGGGGGCCCUGCCUCUAAAAUGAGUCUCUCUGGGGAGCAUGACACCAAAGCUAAGAGACCAAUCAAGAAGGAGAGACCAGCCUCCCCUGUUCCCAGCUGUGUGUCCAUGAAGAGUGACCGGUCUAUGGGUCAACCUCUAUACUUUAGAGAGGGAGACUUUUCUACUGAACAAAGACCAAUCCAGCAGGAGAGACCAGCCUCCCCUGUUCCCAGCUGUGUGUCCAUGAAGAGUGACCGGUCUAUGAGUCAACCUUUACAGUUUAGAGAGGGAGACUUUUCUACUGAACAAAGACCAAUCCAGCAGGAGAGACCAGCCUCCCCUGUUCCCAGCUGUGUGUCCAUGAAGAGUGACCAGUCUAUGGAUCGUCCUAUAAGGUUUAGAAAGGGAGACUUUUCUACUGAACAAAGAAACCAACAGGAGAGAUCAGAGUCAGAGAUUCUCAGUGGUCAGUCUUCCCAGAGUCAUCAAACAGACCUGGCCUCCAUAUUCAGUAUGCUUGAAGAGAAAAUGAUGACAUUUGUGAAGAAUGAGCUGAAGAUGUUCAAGAGGAUUCUUAGUCCAGAACUCCCAGAAGGCUUUGAGAGUCAGAAGCAGGAUAAGGAAGUGGUGGAUGCUGAAGAUGAGAAGCAGGAGAGCAGUGCCAGAGAGGGGGCUCUGAAGAUCACACUGCACAUCCUGAGGAAAAUGAACCAGAAGGAGCUUGCUGACACACUGGAGAAAUAUGAGCUUGCUGUGAUUUGCCAACGUGAACUCAAAUCUAAUCUCAAGAAGAAGUUUCAAUGUGUAUUUGAGGGGAUCGCUAAACAAGGAAACCCAACACUUCUCAAUAAGAUCUACACAGAGCUCUACAUCACAGAGGGUGGAACAGGAGAGGUCAAUAAUGAACAUGAGCUGAGACAGAUUGAGACAACAACCAGGAAACAAGCAAGACCAGAGACUGCAAUCAAAUGUAAUGACAUCUUCAAGCCCUUAACUGGACAAGACAAACGUAUCAGAACUGUGCUGACAAAUGGAGUCGCUGGCAUUGGAAAAACAGUCUCUGUGCAGAAGUUCAUUCUGGAUUGGGCUGAAGGAAAAGCUAAUCAGGAUGUCCAAUUUGUAUUUUCAUUCCCUUUUCGGGAGCUGAAUUUGAUGAAAGAGGACAAACACACUUUCAUUGAACUUCUCAAACACUUCUCAAUGGAAACCAAACAAUCAGGAAUCUCCAACUACGACAAGUACAAAGUUCUGUUCAUCUUUGAUGGUCUGGAUGAGUGCCGACUGCCCCUAGACUUCCAGAAGAACAAGAUCUGUUGGAACGUCACAGAGUCAACCUCAGUGGAUGUUCUGCUGACAAAUCUCAUCAAGGGAAAUCUGCUUCCCUCUGCUCUCCUCUGGAUAACUACCCGACCUGCAGCAGCCAAUAAGAUCCCUUCAGGAUGUGUUGACCAGGUGACAGAGGUACGAGGGUUCAAUGACCCACAGAAGGAGGAGUACUUCAGGAAGAGAUUCAGUGAUGAAGACCUAGCCAGCAGAAUCAUCUCACACAUAAAGACAUCAAGGAGCCUCCACAUCAUGUGCCACAUUCCAGUCUUCUGUUGGAUUUCUGCAACAGUCCUUGAACACAUGCUGGAACAUAAGAGAGAAGAGAUGCCCAAGACUCUGACUGAGAUGUACACACACCUUGUGGUGUUUCAUACCAAACAGAAGAAUGAAAAGUAUCUUGGGAAAGAAGAGACAGGUCCACACUGGAAUAAAGAGAGCAUUCUGUCACUGGGAAAACUGGCUUUUCAACAGCUUACGAAGGGCAAUCUGAUUUUCUAUGAAGAAGACCUGAAAGAGGCUGGCAUUGAUGUUAAUGAAGCCUCAGUGUACUCAGGAUUGUGCACACAGCUCUUUAAAGAGGAAUGUGGGCUGUACCAGGACAAGGUGUACUGCUUUGUUCAUCUGAGCAUUCAGGAGUUUCUGGCUGCUGUAUAUGUGUUCCUCUCAUUCAUCAACAACAAUGAGAAUCUAAUGGACAAACCUCAAACAAAGUCCAGUAUCUUUUCUGCGAGGAUCAAACAAAGGCGAAAAGUUACUGUCUACAAGAGUGCUGUGGAUAAAGCCUUACAAAGUGAGACGGGAAACCUGGACCUUUUCCUCCGCUUCCUUCUGGGUCUCUCACUGGAGUCCAAUCAGAAGCACUUACAAGGUCUACUGACAAAGACAAGAAGCAGCUCACAGAGCCAUGAAGAAACAGUCAAGUACAUCAAGGAGAAGAUCAGGGAGAAUCUCUCUCCAGAGAGGAGCAUCAAUCUGUUCCACUGUCUGAAUGAACUGAAUGACCAGUCUCUAGUGGAGGAGAUCCAAAGAUACCUGAGAUCAGGAAGUCUCUCAAAACCCAACCUGUCACCUGCACAGUGGUCAGCUCUGGUCUUUGUGUUGCUGACUUCAGAAAAGGAGCUGGAUGUGUUUGACCUGAAGAAAUACUCCAGAUCAGAGGAAGGUCUUCUGAGGCUGCUGCCAGUGGUCAAAGCCUCCAGAGCUGCUCUGCUGUCAGGCUGUGGAGUCACAGAGGAAGGCUGUGCUUCUCUGGUCUCAGCUCUGAGGUCAAACCCCUCACACCUGAGAGAGCUGGACCUGAGUAACAAUGACCUGAAGGAUUCAGGAGUGAAGCUGCUCUCUGCUGGACUGGGGAAUCCCCACUGUAAACUGGAGACUCUGAGGCUGUCAGGCUGUCUAGUCACAGAGGAAGGCUGUGCUUCUCUGGUCUCAGCUCUGAGGUCAAACCCCUCACACCUGAGAGAGCUGGACCUGAGCUACAAUCACCCAGGAGACUCAGGAGUCACACUGCUCUCUGCUGGACUGGAGGAUCCACACUGCAGACUGGAGAAACUCAAUGUGGAACAUGGUGGAGAGAACAGAAUGAAACCUGGACUUAGAAAAUAUGUCUGUGAUCUCACACUGGACUUAAACACAUUAAACAGACUCCUCUCUCUGUCUGAGGAGAACAGAAAGGUGACAUGGAGGACAGAGGAGCAGCCGUAUCCUGAUCACCCAGAGAGAUUUGAGGACUGUGGACAGGUGCUGUGUAGAGAGGGUCUGACUGGGCGCUGUUACUGGGAGGUAGAGUGGAGUGGGGGAAGGGCUGAUAUAGGAGUGACAUAUAAAGGAAUCAACAGGAGAGGAAGAGGUGAUGACUGUUGUCUUGGAUACAAUGACAAGUCCUGGAGUCUGUUCUGCUCUGACAACAGUUACUCUGCCAGGCACAAUAAUAAUCUCACUACCAUAGACAUCCCCUCCUCCAGCCCCCACAGAGUAGGAGUGUAUCUGGACUGGCCAGCCGGCACUCUGUCCUUCUAUAGAGCCUCCUCUGACACACUGACCCACCUGAUCACAUUCACCUCCACUUUCACUGAACCCCUCUAUCCAGGGUUUGGGGUUUGGGACUCAGUGUCCCUCUGUCAGUGAUACACAAACCACAAAACACACACUGGACACACACACACACUGGACACACACACACACUGGACACACACACACACUGGACACACACACAUACUGGACAAAAACACACACACACACACACACACACACACACACACACACACACACACACACACACACACACACACACACACACA